GCGCGAGGUGAGCGCGGACGUCAGAGUGGAGAGCGGAAGGUCAGGGAGGCUCGGAGCGGAAGUGAGACCAGGGAGUCUGUCCGCCAUUGUGGCCCCGAGAAGCGGAGAGCGAGAGGGGAAGACGGGCGUGCAAGCGGAAGAGACGGGCCCCUGCCACCGACUCCCGAGCGCCAGGCCCUCGUUCCGGCUUCUCUGCGAGCGGCGGCGGCGGCAGCGGCGGCGGCGGGCACGGUCCACUCGGCGGAGGGCGGCUUCCAACUGCUGUGAGUGCACGGGGAGAGGCCCAGGCGGCGGCGGCGGCUCGCGGGUGCGGUGAAGAAUGUCAGCCACUAGCGUGGACCAGAGACCUAAAGGGCAAGGAAAUAAAGGUGGGAAAACAUGAUGCACAGAUCUGUUGACUUUCCUAACUUGAUGUAGUCAGACCAGAGCAAAGAAUCUCCUGGCUCCUAAGGCCCAUGUUCUAUCUUGAUUUGACUCUGCUUCAUAGAGCAGAGGAAACAGGCGAAGAAUCAUUUUCAGUACAAAACGGUUCCAUUCAUCAAAAAGAUGCUGUAAAUGAUGAUGAUUUUGAGCCAUACUUAAGUAGCCAGACAAAUCAGAGUAACAGCUAUCCACCAAUGUCAGAUCCAUACAUGCCUAGUUACUAUGCUCCAUCCAUUGGAUUUCCAUAUUCUCUUGGGGAAGCAGCAUGGUCCACAGCUGGAGACCAACCUAUGCCAUAUCUGACAACUUAUGGACAAAUGAGUAAUGGAGAACAUCAUUAUAUACCAGAUGGUGUGUUUAGUCAACCUGGGGCAUUAGGAAAUACCCCUCCAUUUCUUGGUCAGCAUGGAUUUAACUUUUUUCCUGGUAAUGCUGAUUUCUCUACGUGGGGGACAAGUGGAUCUCAGGGACAAUCAACGCAAAGUUCUGCUUAUAGUAGCAGUUAUGGCUAUCCACCUAGUUCUCUUGGGAGAGCUAUUACUGAUGGACAGGCUGGAUUUGGCAAUGAUACUUUGAGUAAGGUGCCUGGCAUUAGCAGUAUUGAACAAGGCAUGACGGGACUGAAAAUUGGUGGUGACCUGACAGCUGCAGUGACAAAAACUGUAGGUACAGCCUUGAGCAGCAGUGGUAUGACUAGCAUGGCAACCAAUAGUAUGCCCCCAGUUAGCAGUGCAGCACCUAAACCAACCUCCUGGGCCGCCAUUGCCAGAAAGCCUGCCAAACCUCAACCGAAACUUAAACCCAAGGGCAAUGUAGGAAUUGGAGGUUCUGCUGUGCCACCACCUCCUAUAAAACACAACAUGAAUAUUGGAACUUGGGAUGAAAAGGGGUCCGUGGUAAAGGCACCACCAACCCAACCAGUUCUGCCUCCUCAAACUAUAAUUCAGCAGCCUCAGCCAUUAAUUCAACCACCACCAUUGGUGCAAAGCCAACUGCCUCAACAGCAGCCUCAGCCACCACAACCACAGCAGCAACAAGGACCUCAGCCACAGGCUCAGCCUCACCAAGUGCAGCCCCAACAGCAACAACUGCAGAACCGUUGGGUAGCUCCUCGGAAUAGGGGAGGUGGCUUCAACCAGAACAAUGGAGCGGGCGGUGAAAACUUUGGUUUAGGUGUUGUUCCUGUCAGUGCUUCACCUUCUAGUGUAGAAGUGCAUCCAGUGCUGGAAAAGCUAAAGGCCAUAAACAACUAUAAUCCCAAAGACUUUGACUGGAACCUGAAAAAUGGACGUGUGUUUAUAAUUAAAAGCUAUUCUGAGGAUGACAUUCACCGUUCCAUUAAGUACUCUAUCUGGUGUAGUACUGAGCAUGGUAAUAAGCGUUUGGAUGCAGCUUACCGUUCCCUGAAUGGGAAAGGCCCACUCUAUUUACUCUUCAGUGUGAAUGGCAGUGGACAUUUUUGUGGAGUGGCUGAAAUGAAGUCUGUUGUGGACUAUAAUGCAUAUGCUGGUGUCUGGUCUCAGGAUAAGUGGAAGGGCAAAUUUGAAGUUAAGUGGAUCUUUGUCAAAGAUGUUCCCAAUAACCAAUUACGGCAUAUUCGCUUAGAAAAUAAUGACAACAAACCAGUUACCAAUUCAAGGGACACUCAAGAGGUACCCCUAGAAAAAGCUAAGCAAGUGCUUAAAAUAAUUGCUACCUUCAAGCAUACCACCUCAAUCUUUGAUGACUUUGCACAUUAUGAAAAGCGUCAAGAAGAGGAGGAAGCCAUGCGUAGGGAGAGAAAUAGAAACAAACAAUAACCAUAUGAAGAUGUCCUCUUAGAAUUACAACACUAAUGAUGUAGACUCUGGAAAUGCCUAAUAAGUCAAAGAAGACAUUAUUAAAGCUUUUUUUUUCUGCAUAAGGUGACAUCUUUGAACUUUUUAACACAGAAUUGACUCUUGUAAUGAUUUUCAUCAGCGCAUCUGCCCUUAUAUUCUCACCAAACACACUUGAGAACUGUAACUUCGUCAAGCACUUUCUGUCCUGAAGCUUUUACCAGUAUCUGCUGUCUUUUGUAAUUAUGCAUCCUAGCUAAGGCACAGAAGACUGAAUGAAUGCAAAGAUUCAUUAACUCUUUGAAUUUGUUAAAUACUAACAGUUAACUAUUAGAAGUGGUUCAAUGAUGUAAGAGUCACAUUGCUUCAACAUUUCUUUGUUGUAGUUUUUAAAUUGUCGAUUUUUAGCUAUUUGACAGAUUAAAAGCAAAAUAAUCAUGCCAUAUUUAGUCCUGGAGUUCAAGUCUAAAUGUUUAUGUGAAGAAUUAUUGUAGUAAACUUUUAAUAUGGCAAAGCAACCUUAAGCUCUAUUUUAGCCAAAUGAAACAUAAUCUGAGAUUAUAUUAGAACAUUUUCCUUGUCUUUAAAUUGUUUGGUGUAACAGAAUAUUGAUAUGCAGCUUGGUGGAUUUCACCAGUUAAUGCACAUUCUUCUUUCCUCCUUCCCCCAAUAAUAUGUAAACUGAAAAAUGUGCAUUUGUCUGAGGAAUUAUUUUGUUUGCUACCACUUAAUGAAUCUCAAAAUUUUGAGUAAAUGUACCUCAGUCUAAUCAGACUUUUUAUGACCUUUAUAACUACAUUUAAAAUCCUUAAUUCCUAUUUCUGGGUGUUUGCGAGCCUGAUUGCUAUCAUGAAGUAAACAUUUAUUACUCUAGGUAUUCACUAGCUAAAUAAACAUAGUUCUUGUUUAGCAAGCAUAUACUGUUCAACUCUUUUCUCCAGCUUUUGCAGUGUCCUGGCAUCCUUAAAAUACUUUGAAAAUAUGGCCUUGAUCCAUGGAUUAAAUCAGUAUCUAAGUGAAUGUGUUGAUGUUUUAUUGAUCAGAUCUAUAUAAAUGGGAAUACAGCAUAUAUCUGGAUAUUCUUAUAGUUAUCUUUUUAACAUCUUAUUUUUUUCAUUAGUUACAUAUCAACAUUAAUUUUGUGUCUUGAAGCAAAUUGAUUUUGUAUAAUUAAACGUGUCAUCUGUAUUAAUUGAUCUGAUGGCAUAUGGUUAUUAAGAUAAUGUACUGCCCCUUAUAUUACUGUUCCAAAAGGAGAAAGCUAUGUAGAAAGAUAUAAGGGUGAAAUAAGGGUGAAAAUAGCAAUACAGUAGAUUUGAAUACCUUGGUGUUUUGCAUUACUGCAUUUAUGUUUACAUCAUGUUUAGAAACCUUUUCAUUUACAUUUACAUAUUUGAUCACUUCAGUUCAAAAUUUAGUGGCAGAUAUUUCUUUGAGUUUUUCAUUUAUAUAAUUUUUUUGUACAAUGUUUUCUUAAAAUGUGCAAAUGCUGUAUUCAAGUGAAAUAAAAUACAGUAUUUGUAGAUAAUCGUAGCUAUUUCACAGGUCUUUGGUAGUCCCAUUGUAGUUAUAUCAGUGUUUACUGAAGGGAACAUUAAAAUAUUAAUGGUAUAUUACAAAAUAAAGACUUUCUUAAAGGAAAGUUGCACCUAUUUUACCUUUUUAAGAGUAAGCCAUGAAAUCUUAUCUUGUGACAUGUCUCUUAACUAUUUAUAAUAAAAAUUGGCAUUUGGGUAUAGUAACCACAGCAAUGUUGUACAUCCCUAAGAUUAUAUAGGUAGGACAUGUCAAAGAUGACUGUAGUCACUCUGGAGGUCCUAUUAGAGAACUGUAAAGGGAGACCUCAUAGAAAGGAUAUGAGUCCUCACUCUGAGGUUCACUUUUUCUGGUGCUUUAUUAGCAACUCUGAAUAUUUUUAUAAAACUAGUUACAUUAUAAAUGGAUUGAGUGUUUGAUUUACAUUUGGUUUUUACGUAAGAAGUGUCACAGAAACACGCAGCAAGCGGGCUGAUUGCAACGGCAGACUCGGAAACGUCUAAUGUAAUUGAGUAGUCUGCUCAUCGUGAGGUGUACAUCCCAGUGCCUUUAACCUGGAUUUCUAAUACCAAGUGAAAUGGGUGCAGCAUUCCUUUGGAAAUAAAAACUUUAUCUUUUCAAUCGGUAAUUAUUUUUUCCAUUUUACGAUUUCUUCAGAGCACCUACUUUCUCUUCCUCCUUGGUCUAUCAAUAUAUUGCAAAAUGUUUUCCCUCUAAAUGAAAUGAUCACAGGUUGUCUAAAUAGCACAACUAACUGAAUGUUUAACUGUAGCGACCAAAAAGGAGAGAACCUGGGCUCCACAGCAGGAAACACAUAAUCAAAUGUUUGAAUAAUCACAAAUUAAGACAUGCCCAGGAAAUUUCUUGCUUAAUAUUUUUCCAAGAUUUGGUUUGAAUGUUUCUUAUUAAAGUUAUCUUAAGUGAGUAUUUUAUUUUGGAAGGUAUAAUAGUUUGUAUAUUUAACAGUAAGGGGGAAAAUGUAACCAAAAUUAGUAUUCUGUCUCUAUACUUAUUGGUACUUGAAGAUUCCUUUCAAAAGAAACCCCAGCCUUUUCAUAAUUUCAGUACUUAAUUCCUCAUUUUAACUUGUGAUCUUUCUAAUUCAAAAGCUGUUCUCUUUUUGAAUACCAUGCAUGGAGGUUAAGCUGAUGAUAAAAUGGUUUGCAAUAAAAAAGAGUCAGCUUAAGUCAUUUAAUCAUUUCAAGUGCUUUCUGCAUCCUAUAAAAAGUUUGAGACAUUUAAGAGAAUUGUGUUUUCAUUAAGUUUUGCAUAUCUUUUGUUAUGCCAUGUAAAUUCCCUUUUUCGUAUGAUUACAGAAAGGUUAUGAUAAAAUGAUUAUUAGUUCAUUUAUAUUCACUUGUAGCAAUUACAUGAGAAUUUGAAUUUUGUCAUGUUUGGGUUUGUUCAUUCCCGUGAAUGAUGGUACAGAUAGGUGAGCUUUUCUGUUAUGGUACCCAAACUCACCAUUUGGUCCUCUUUAAUCUUUGAGGGUUUCAAUAAAAAUUGUUCACUCGUA